AUGCCUCCGGCUGGCGGUCCCCGCGCGCCGCGCCCGGCCGCGCUGCCCCGCAGCCUGUCCCGCCUGCGCGAGUGCCCGGGCCGCUCCCGCAUCGUGCUGGCGCUCGGGGCCACGCAGAUGGCGCUCGGAUGCCUGAUCGUGGCCGUCAGCUUCGCCGCUCUGGCGCUCACCACGUCGGCCCGCGUCCGCCACUCCUGCCCCUUCUGGGCCGGCUUCUCGGUGCUGCUGUCAGGCCUCAUCGGUGUCGUCUCCUGGAAGCGGCCCCUGUCCCUCGUGAUAACCUUUUUCAUGCUGCUCUCGGCAGUGUGUGUGAUGCUGAAUUUGGCUGGUUCAAUACUUUCCUGUCAGAACGCUCAGCUCGUCAACUCCCUGGAAGGCUGUCAGUUGAUCAAGUUUGACAGUGUGGAGGUAUGUGUCUGCUGCGAGACCCAGCACCAAGUGUCCGGCUGCAGCAACCUUGGGGAGACGCUGAAGCUGAACCCGCUGCGUGAGGACUGCAACGCCGUGCGACUGACCUUGAAGGAACUCCUCUUCAGUGUGUGUGCCCUCAACGUCCUGUCCACCAUUGUGUGUGCACUGGCCACAGCCAUGUGCUGCAUGCAGAUGGUCUCCGCCGACGUCCUGCAGAUGUUCCUUCCACAAAGGGCACCUUCUGCCAGCCCAGCCUGCCUGACCCCCCAUGGUACCGUGCUCCACCAGACCUUGGAUUUCGAUGAGUUCGUGCCCCCGCUGCCCCCUCCGCCCUAUUACCCUCCAGAGUACACCUGCACACCCACUGCUGAGGCCCACAGGGGCCUCCACCUGGACUUCGCUUCCUCCCCGUUCGGCACUUUGUAUGGCGUUGCCAUCAACAGCCCGGGCCUGCUGUACCCUGCUGAGCUCCCGCCACCCUACGAGGUCGUGGUAGGCCCGAGCCCUGCCAACCAGCUCCCGAGCACGGACCCGCCAGUGACUGAACCCGGCCCCGGGGACCCUGACGUCGCUGCAGGCUUCAGCUCACAAGCACUGGCUGACAGCUCCAGCCUCCUGGCCUUCGAGGGCAGCGCUGCUCCUGGCCUGAGCCACCUGUCCCCCGACGACCCCACGGGCACCCCGCUGCCUACCCCGCAUCCCCACCAUACAUCUCCUGAGGGGCCCCACAAGGGCACACGGGUGCGGCCAGGUCCCAGGCGCAUGGCCCGCUCCAUCAGUGACCCCACUUCAUGCACGGCCAGGGCGACAGGUGACGCCUCUUCACAUAGCCCAUCCUGCAGCCAGGACCUCGAAGCAGGAAUGGCCCGAGCAGCACUGGGGACUGCGACCCUGUCUCACUCGAUCACGGCCGCCUGCGCCUGUCGGCACCAGCUCUCACCCAGGGAACCAGACGCCUGGAAAGCAGACCUGCGGUCAACGCCAGAGGCCUUACAGACAGUUUCCAAAGAGCGGCUGCGCUCCCUAGUGGACAGCAAGGCCUUUGAGGACGCCAGGGUCUUGGUGGCCAAGUUCUUGGAGCACUCGAGCAGCUCCCUGCCCGUGGAGGUGAGGCAUGUGGUGGGGUCUGCCCACUCGGCUGUGCCCCCUGAGGAGUGCCUCAUGGAGGAGGCUGUCCUCAGCACCCGUGUCCUGGGCCAGCUGUGA